AUGGAGGCAUCAUGCCUAUUUAAAUUAUUACUGGGAACCAAUUGGGUUCUUUUCCUCUGGAACUAUUACCUUCAUUAUCGACAGUAUAGAGUGCAUUUAGUGAACGAGAAAAGGCCAAAACAUGUUGAAGACCUGAUCUCUGAAGAGGAUUAUGAAAAGGCUCGCAAUUACAAGCUCGACAAGCAUUUAUUCGGUUUUGCACACGAUUUAUAUGGACAACUUUGGACUACGGUGGUUCUUGUGUUCGGUUGGCUGCCGUGGUUAUGGUACAUGUGUUCCCCCUAUAGACUCCCAUCUCUUAUAUUUCUCUUAGUCAACUCGCUAGUGGAUACGAUCAUCGACUUGCCAUGGGAUAUGUAUGACACUUUUGUAAUCGAAGAGAAACAUGGAUUCAACAAACAGACUGUCGGUUUCUACCUUUGGGAUAAAUUGAAAAAGAUGGCAGUAUCGAUGAUUCUUAUGGCUCCGGUGAUCUUAGUCGUUGAAUGGAUAGUUGAGCAUGGAGGCCCAUACUUCUUUGUGUAUGUGUGGAUCUUUGUUUCUAUUGUUUUGCUCCUUUUAAUGACAAUAUAUCCCGCUUUCAUAGCGCCAUUAUUUGACAAGUAUAUACCACUCCCUGAUGGAAAGUUGAAGAAGCUUGCCGCCUCGUUGAAAUUCCCUCUGACCAAGUUGUAUGUUGUUUAUGGUUCGAAACGUUCCGCACACAGUAAUGCCUACAUGUAUGGUUUCUGGAAUAAUAAAAGAAUAGUGUUGUACGAUACACUCCUGAGUGGGGAAGAAAAGGAGAAAGUAAUACUGCAGUGUGCCGAAGCAGCAGCGGAUUUGACUGACAAGGACAAGGCUAGAGGAAUGUCUAAUGACGAAGUUGUCGCGGUACUUGGACACGAACUUGGUCAUUGGGCUCUUUGGCACACUCUUAUCAACCUUGUCAUUGCUGAGUUGAACAUAUUGUUCAUGCUUGCAGUAUUUGCUCAUUUCUAUCGAUGGGAACUGCUUUAUGAGGCAUUUGGAUUCUACACAACACCAACUCUCGUCGGGCUUAUCUUGGUGAUACAGUUCGUUCUGGGAUUGUACAACCAGGUGGCUGAAGUGCUUAUGUCGAUUCAUUCUCGUCGAUGUGAAUUUGCCGCCGAUGCUUUUGCUGCCAAACUAGGACAUGGUGACAAACUCAUCACCGCCCUUACAAAAUUGUGCAAGGAUAACCUUGUCCCACCUAUCGAUGAUCCGCUUUACUCAAUGUGCAACCACUCACAUCCACCAGUUCCAGAAAGGAUAGCCGCAAUCAAUAAGAUGGAGUGA